CAAGCAGAGAGGCUGCUAAGUUAGGAUUUAUAGUAUUAUAACAUUUAGGUAACAACAACUUCUUUGGCACCUCGCCACACCUCAGCUGCAUGCAUAAAUACUGAACGACGUCCUAGCAAUUUCGCUGUCGGCCCCUAAACGUUUUGAUUUUCCAAAACACCUAUAUAUAUCCCUCCAUUGAAUCGUUCGCCAUGGGUCUUACAAUCCACACUAUCGGAACCUCCACCCUUCACCGUCAGGCUGAACGCGCCGUUAUCAACCUCGACGUGUCCAGCGAUGGAAAAGAUCAGUCUACAGUAUCUCAAGACGUGACUCGCACCUCCAACCGCCUUCAAUCCCUCCUGAAAGAAAUCGCGCCGAAGCAGGAGUCCGGCGACCCCACCCCCGAAGCCCCGGUCACAUUCUGGAGCAUGAGCUCUAUCAGCACCGGCAGUUAUCUCCCCUGGGACCACGACAAGCAGGAACACCGAGCACGGGUCUACUCCGCCCGGACCAACUUCGAGGUCAAGUUCCGGGACUUCAGCAAACUGGGCGAGUUCGUGUCAGACGUGGCGAAGGACCCUCUGGUUUCGGUGCGGGAUGUCGACUGGCAGUUGACGGAUGAUACAAAACAGCAGCUGGGACAGGAAUGCAGGAAACUAGCGGUCUGGGACGCGCUCGCCAAGGCUAAGGAUUAUGCGGGUGCGCUGAACAUGAGUAAUCUUCGACCCGUUGAGAUCGACGAUUCUCAGGGACAUGUUUCUCCGGCGCUGUAUACUUCCGCUCGAAGGGCACCUGCAUUUGCCGAUGGUGGGGGUGAGCAGGCGUUGAGUUUUGUGCCGGAGAGUUGCGAAAUCGAGUGCUCCGUGAAGAUGCGCUUGGAGGUGGAGUGACUGGCCUGUGGGCGAGCGGAGACUAAUGGGUUUAAGUUACGUGAGACGAACUAUUCUUUGACAAAUUGAUACACCACUGAAUUACUAUAUGAAUAUGGAUGUUAG